AUGAUUCACAGUCUAUUUCUCAUAAACUGUUCCGGUGACAUAUUUCUAGAGAAGCACUGGAAGAGUGUUGUGAGCCAGUCUGUCUGUGAUUAUUUCUUUGAAGCUCAAGAGAAAGCUGCUGAUGUAGAAAAUGUACCACCUGUCAUUUCAACACCUCAUCACUACCUCAUCAGUAUCUACCGGGAUAAGCUCUUCUUUGUGUCUGUCAUACAGACUGAAGUGCCACCUCUAUUUGUAAUUGAGUUUCUACAUCGAGUUGCUGACACUUUUCAGGACUACUUUGGUGAGUGUUCGGAAGCUGCAAUUAAGGAUAAUGUGGUCAUUGUAUAUGAGCUUUUGGAAGAAAUGUUAGACAAUGGAUUUCCACUGGCUACUGAAUCUAAUAUUUUGAAAGAACUGAUUAAACCACCAACAAUUCUACGUUCUGUCGUCAACUCUAUUACAGGCAGCAGUAAUGUUGGGGACACACUCCCCACUGGGCAGCUGUCCAACAUCCCAUGGCGACGGGCAGGGGUAAAGUACACAAACAAUGAAGCCUAUUUUGAUGUCGUUGAAGAAAUAGAUGCAAUUAUAGAUAAAUCAGGAUCUACAGUCUUUGCAGAAAUUCAGGGGGUUAUUGAUGCUUGCAUUAAGCUAUCUGGAAUGCCUGACCUUUCUCUUUCUUUCAUGAACCCACGGCUUCUAGAUGAUGUCAGCUUCCACCCCUGCAUCCGGUUCAAGCGUUGGGAAUCUGAAAGAGUUUUGUCAUUUAUUCCUCCAGAUGGAAAUUUCCGACUCAUAUCAUAUCGUGUCAGCUCACAAAAUCUAGUGGCAAUACCAGUGUAUGUGAAACAUUGCAUCAGCUUUAAGGAGAACAGUUCUUGUGGAAGAUUCGAUAUUACAAUUGGACCAAAGCAGAAUAUGGGGAAAACUAUUGAAGGAAUCACAGUAACAGUUCACAUGCCAAAAGUUGUACUGAAUAUGAACCUGACACCAACACAAGGCAGCUAUACAUUUGAUCCAGUUACCAAGGUACUAACAUGGGAUGUGGGAAAAAUUACUCCACAAAAGCUCCCAAGUCUUAAAGGACUGGUAAAUUUACAGUCUGGAGCACCCAAGCCGGAAGAGAAUCCAAGUCUCAACAUACAAUUCAAGAUCCAGCAACUUGCUAUUUCUGGCUUAAAAGUAAACCGUUUGGACAUGUAUGGGGAGAAAUAUAAGCCAUUUAAAGGAGUCAAAUAUGUCACGAAAGCUGGAAAGUUCCAAGUGAGGACAUGAGAAGAAGCCAAAAUUCCUCAAGAUCUGUUUGUUUUCCUAGUGUCAUUAUAGUUUAUUACUGUUAGGUACCAAGUGGGUGGGA